AUCACUAUUCAAGGCAAACAUGGCGGCAUUCAUCACCAUAGAUAAAGUCCCUAUCACUGCUCCAUCCACACCACAACCCUAGGUGUCUCUCGUAACAUCCACACCACAACCUCAGUGCAGUGCCAGAAAUGGGGAGGGCUCCUUGUUGUGAAAAAGUAGGGUUAAAGAAAGGGAGAUGGACGGCUGAAGAGGAUGAGAUUUUGACCAAGUAUAUUCAAGUUAAUGGAGAAGGCUCCUGGAGAUCAUUGCCCAAGAAUGCAGGAUUGCUAAGGUGUGGGAAGAGUUGCAGACUGAGAUGGAUUAACUACUUGAGAACCGAUUUAAAGGGAGGAAACUUUACUGCAAAAGAGGACGAAACCAUUGUUAAUUUGCAUUCUACUUUGGGAAAUAGGUGGUCUUUGAUUGCUAGUCACUUACCGGGAAGAACAGACAAUGAGAUAAAGAACUAUUGGAACGCUCAUUUGAGCAGGAAAAUCUAUAGAUGGGUAAUGAAGAAAAACAAAAGCUGCUGUUAUAAUGCCCAGAAAGAUGCUAUCAGUUCUUCAAAUAAACCUAUGGAGGUGGUGCCUGUUAUACCCUCUCAUUCGGGGUCAGAAGAGGAAAGAAACAUGGAGAAUAUUUCAAGACCAAACUCUAGUAGUUGUAACACGGAGAAAGAGACAGGCAGUGAGGACAUUUGGGAACUGUGUUCUAAGGACAUCAUGGGCAGUGAACUGUUACCACCAGAUGAUGAUUUCUCACUAACAUCAAGUGGGUAUGGUGAGAACAGUAUUGGAGAUGAUUUGAAUCCAAUAACAUCAUUUUUUGUUGAUGAUGAUCUUGAUUUGGAAUACUGAGAAAGUUUAGCUCAAGGGAAUGAACUUUGACAUGAUGAUCAUCAUAGAGAGUAGUAGAGUACUACUGCAUCUCAUAUUGGUUGUGGAUAGUAAUUAUAAUGGAGAAGGUUGGCAAAUAAGGAGUUUUGAGUGCGAGAGACGUGAGAUUCCAUGGUUGUUUGGUUGUUUCACUUAUCUGUGAACUGCUUAGCUAGACAGUAUUAAUCAAUCUGUCUCCUUGUUCUUUUUUUUUGUGUGUCUCCUGGAUGAUGAUCUGAUCAUUUGUUAACUAUCUAUUGCUCCUUUUGUUAGU